GGCCUCCAGCCCAGCCUGGCCAAGGUCUCCUGUUCCGGCCAAGCCUGCUAGAACCUUUGUCAGAACUGGGCUCGAAUGGCCAAGGCUGGGCUGAACUAUACUAUUAAGGAUGGAACCUAUAGAAAGGAAAAGUAUAGGAAGAUUGAAGACGCUCUUCGCCAUUUUCAGUUCUGCCUACCGCUUUUAAUGGAGAAUCCGUUCAUCUCUGGUUUUAUGACCAAUCAAUGCUACCGGAUUUCGGUUUACAUUCUCCUUCGUUCAUUUCCAACUGACGCUUCUCCUCAAUCAAUGUUCAAUGGAACGGAAACAAUGGAAAAAAAGAAGAAGGAAAAAAAAAAUAAUCUGGAAUAUUAGAUCAUUGUUGUUGUUCUUCGUUGUCUUCUCCCUUCUCCCUGGUUCGAUCUCGAGAUGGGGAAAGAUGGUAUAGAUUGAUUGAAUAAGAUAAGAAGAAAGCCCAGAAUUCGUUUCCCCUGUUUUCUGGCGGUACAGGAAAAGGGAAUAAUUUUUCCUGUACGCCACAAAAUCACCUUUCUCCCAAUUCUCAGAUCUCUCACGGACCCCAAAACCAUGAGAAGAAUCAAGACAACCCAUCUCUUAUUUUCUCUUGUUCUCUUCUCUUUGAUCUGUAAUUCCAUCUGUGCUUCCAAUGACGCCAAGUCCAAUUCAAUAUCGUUUAUCCUGAACUGUGGUGCUGAAAAUAAUGGACAAAAAGAUGCGGAUGGCCGUAAAUGGGAUUCAGAUACCAAGUACCUUUCAUCCGCCGCAGACGAUUCCAUCUCUGCCAAGGCCGAAAUCCAAGACCCAUCUCUGCCUUCCACAGUCCCUUACAUGUCUGCAAGAAUUUUCACAAACGAAUCCUCUUACGUCUUCAAGGUUUCACCAAAGCAUCGUCACUAUAUCAGGCUCCACUUCUACCCAUCGGAUUACAGCAGUCUGAACUCCUCUGAUGCAUAUUUUGCAGUAAUCGCUAACGGGAUUACGGUCCUAAAAAAUUUCAGUGCCUCCAUUACUGCAAAAGCUCUGUCUCAGGCUUACAUUCUCAGAGAAUUCUCCCUCCCGGUGUCCACAGACGGUAAAAUUAAAAUCACUUUCUCACCCUCUCCCCUGUACAAAGGUUCUUAUGCUUUCAUCAAUGGAAUCGAAGUAAUUCCUUCUCCGGAUUUGUUCUCAUCGGCGAUAAUGGUUGGUUUCUCCGACAUGGUUGGGUACUCCGACCAAUCCAUUGACCUUGGAAUCGCACCUUUGCAGACGAUGUUUAGGCUUAACGUUGGUGGGAGUUUCAUUCCCCCUACCAACGAUUCUGGUGGUCUUAGCCGGACAUGGUUUGACGAUUCUCCUUACGUGUUCGGCGCCGGCGUCGGAAUUACAGGAGAAGCUGAUAAGAACGUUUCGAUCCACUACUCCAAAGAGACACGAGAAUACGUAGCGCCAUUGGAUGUAUACAGUACAUCAAGGACGAUGGGCCCCGAUGGAAAGGUCAAUCAGAAUUACAAUCUAACUUGGGUUUUCCAAGUGGAUGCAAAUUUCACUUACGUCGUUAGAUUACACUUCUGUGAGCUCUCCAUGACAAAGAUCAAUCAGAGAUCCUUUGAGAUUUUCAUCAAUAAUCAGACGGCUGAUGAUGCAGCUGAUGUGAUAGUGUGGGCAGGUUCCAAAGGAGUGCCGGUGUAUAAAGAUUUCGCUGUGUACGUACAAGACACGAAGGUGGAAGACGAGGAGCUCUGGGUGGCGUUGCGUCCCGCCGUGCAAUUGAAGCCUGAGUUCUACGAUGCUAUCCUUAAUGGAAUGGAGAUCUUCAAGAUGAAUGGAACUAAAGGGGACUUGGCUGGGCCAAAUCCUGAGCUUUCGGAUAUGAUGGUCAAGGCUGAGGCUGAACCCGAAAGGAGUUUUGCUCCAUCGAGCUCAUCUAACCAGAAAGCUAAUGUGAUCGGUGGCGCUGCGGGCGGCGCCGCUGCUGUUGUCGUCGCUGCUGUUUGCAUUGCCAUCUACCAAAGGAAAAAAAGAGAUAUUGGAGUUGAACGUUCUACUAGUACUUCUGGUUGGUUGCCUCUGUAUGGAAACUCCCACACCAGUAGUACUACUAAAUCCACAAUCUCUGGGAAAAGCUGCACGAGUAGCCAUAUUUCUUCCUUGGCCGUUUCCCUUUGCCGGCAUUUCUCCUUCGCAGAGAUAAAAAAAGCUACCAAGAACUUUGAUGAGUCUCAAAUUAUAGGUGUUGGAGGUUUCGGGAAGGUCUAUAAAGGGGUUAUUGAUGGAGGAACAACCAAGGUAGCCAUUAAAAGAGCAAACCCAUCUUCAGAACAAGGAAUUCAUGAGUUCCAGACUGAAAUCGAGAUGCUUUCUAAGCUAAGACACAGACAUUUGGUUUCCUUGAUUGGGUAUUGCGAAGAGGACGAUGAGAUGAUCUUGGUGUAUGAUCACAUGGCUCAUGGAACUCUCAGGGAGCAUCUGUAUAAGGGUAACAAAACUAUUCUUUCAUGGAAGCAGAGGUUGGAGAUCUGUAUUGGUGCAGCCAGAGGGCUUCACUACCUUCACACUGGUGCUAAAUACACAAUCAUCCACAGAGAUGUGAAAACCACAAACAUUCUCUUGGAUGAACAUUGGGUAGCAAAGGUUUCAGAUUUUGGGCUUUCCAAAACUGGUCCAAACCUGAAUCAAACACAUGUUAGUACAGUGGUGAAAGGUAGCUUUGGAUACUUGGAUCCUGAGUACUUCCGGCGACAGCAAUUGACAGAGAAAUCUGAUGUCUACUCAUUUGGGGUUGUUCUGUUUGAGGUCUUAUGUGCAAGGCCAGCCCUCAAUCCUACCCUUGCUAAGGAACAAGUAAGUCUUGCAGAUUGGGCUUUACACUGCCAGAAAAAGGGAAUUCUGGAAGACAUAAUCGAUCCUCAUCUCAAGGGAAAGAUCAACCCAGAAUGCUUAAAGAAAUUUGCAGAUGCAGCAGAGAAAUGCUUGUCUGACCAAGGGAUUGAUCGUCCUUCCAUGGGAGAUGUUCUGUGGAAUCUUGAGUUCGCACUUCAAUUGCAGGAGAACCCUGAUGGAGUGGCUUACAGUGAUGAGAAGGAGACACAUAAACCAAGCCAGACUGAUAUGGGUAUCCAGGAAACCAACUUGAAUGAUGGUACAGAGGAAAACUCAAGUGUGGUGUUCUCACAGCUCAUACAUCCACAGGGACGGUAAGAAGGACUAUCCUCCAUUGAUGUUUUCUGUGCUACUAGAAUGAGAUAGGGACGACGAUGAUGAAGCUAAUAUGGGUAUCCAUGAUUCCUGCAAAAAAAAAAUUUUGGGUCACCCCGGAGUAUGAUAGUACCAUGUAUUUGUUUUCUCUUGUUCUUCUGUGCUUUAAGUUGACAGUCCUUACCGAGUUAAUCACUCUAGAUAUGGCAACUUAAUCAAAAUUAGUACUAUGGCUUAUAUAACCUACCCUUGUCUGCAAUUUCUAAUGUCUGUAAUCUCAUAUUACAAAAUGUAUUGUCUGUAGAACAUUUAAUUUGUUUAUUUGCAUAAUUUAACAAAAAAAAAUACCCAUUGUUUCUCUAGAAGAAAGGUUUUGGAACUUCUAGUACCCAAUCAUUUUUUGUGUUUUAUAGAUUCUUAAUUUUUCUCAA